GGUCUGCCACUGUGUGUCUUUACUCUCCUUUGGUUCCUGGUGGUUGCAUUCAAGCUUUGGGUAGUUGGGUGGAUGGCUCUUGUUUUUUAGUCUUUUUCCCCUUCCCUCUUAUCUUCUUCUCCCUCUCUUUUUCCCGGCGCAUGUGCCGGAUGUCGCCUAUUCUGUGCAAUUCAGAUUCUAGAAGAGCUUUCUCGCUUGCCAUACAUUACGCCUGGAGUCGUUCCGUUUCUUGUUAAUGCGGACAAGUCCUUGGAAACUGAAUCAGAAAUCUAACAAGGCAUAACUUUCUUUGCUGUAAGGGGCAGAUUGGAUGGAAGUAGUUUCUGAGUUUCGAAGUUGGGAUGAGUUGAUUCCGGACGCACUGGGUUUAAUCUUCAGCAAUCUGUCACUGCUGGAGAAAAUGACGGUAAUCCCCAGGGUCUGUAAGUCGUGGGCUAAAGCUGUCGCUGGACCUUACUGCUGGCAGGAGAUUGACAUUGAGGAGUGGAGCAGCCGUUGCCAGCCUCACCAAAUCGACCGCAUGCUUCGACUGCUCAUCACGAGAAGUUCUGGAUCUCUCCGCAAGCUCUCUGUUUCUGGCCUCCAAACCCAUUCCAUUUUCACUUUCCUAGCUCAAAAUGCUCGGUCGCUCCAGACUUUGCGAGUGCCGAGGAGUAAUAUGAGUGAUUCCAUAGUUGAAGAUAUUGCUGGAAGGCUUUGUAUGAUAUCUUUCUUAGAUGUGAGCUAUUGCAUUAAAAUUGGUGCUUAUGCUCUGGAGAUAAUUGGCAAGAACUGCAAAUUGCUGCAAGGGUUGUGUCGCAACAUGCAUCCUUUGGAUACAGCAGGAAAGCCCUUCCAAGACGAAGAAGCCUUUGCAAUUGCCGCCACCAUGCCUAAGCUCAAGCAUCUGGAAAUGGCUUAUCAUCUCAUCAGCACAGAGGGCGUCCUUCGAAUACUCUCAGUGUGUCCUAAUCUUGAAUUUCUGGAUCUGAGGGGGUGUUGGGGAGUCAAACUCGAUAACAUGUUCCUGAAGCAGAAUUUUCCAAAACUGAAGGUCCUGGGGCCUCUUGUUCUAGGCUACUAUGAGAGGGAAGGCUGGGAUGAUUGCUCCGAUUUCUCGGAUACUUCUGAGUAUCUGUCCUGGGAGUUUGUUGCUGGUGAUGUGGGUGACUAUGAUGAUGAUGAAAGUGAGAGUUAUGAUGGGAUGUGGGACGAUGAAGGAAGGCUGGAGGAGCUGGAGUUAAGGUUCUAUGAAGGAAUUGAUGAUGCAAGAAUGUAUUGGCCGCCAUCUCCUUAGCCUGUAUUUCUAUCUCUCGUAAAUUGCACGCCCUCCUACUUACUAUGACUAAUGCUGCUUCUUUUCUUGACUCUUUCUGUGCUUCAUCAAUAUGUAUUGCCUUGGAAACGAAGCAAGUUUUCUUUUCCCCCUACUUAAAAUUUCCUUCUUCCCUAUCA